CCAGCCUUCGGGUCGGUUUCACCUGUGAGAUCACAACAGUCUGAAGGGAGUGGCUGGCGUCAGGAGUGGAAUUUCACUUCCUGUGUUUCACAGAGCUGUAUUUGAGAGGAGUUCUGAGGAUUCCUUCUAAAUAGACAAUGACUUUAUCUAAAAGGAGAGGCGCGCAUGCGCUUGUUUUUUUAUUUCUUUGGGUAAACUCUUCUUUUAGCCAGGACACGGGUGAGGCGUGCUUAUCCAACUUCAAGAAAGGAAAGGAAGAUUUUGUUCUCGAUACCGAUGAGUCGGUGAAACACGGGGCCACGUUCAUCACUGCGCCCAAAGUGUCUCAGGAGAAGGAGUGCGUCAACGCCUGCUGCAAGGAACCAAAGUGCAACCUGGCUUUCAUGAAGAGAGGAGAUGAGGAGAAUGGUCCGAUCGAGUCCUGCUUCCUGUUCGACUGUCUGUACAAAAACAAAUACGUCUGCCGCUUCGUGAAACAGCAGGGAUUUACGAGUUACAUCACGAAGUCAGUGUAUACCAGCUACAUCAGUGUUGAACCCAGACCAACAAAAGUUGAUACUCCACCAGAGGCCAAUGCGGGUUUCGACCUGGUCGUCCAGCCGGGUGAAACUGUGACACUGAACGGCUUCCAGAGCAAAGAUGACCAUACUAUAAAGUCUUUUCAGUGGGAUAUGAUCACUGAAUAUCCUCAUGCUGUCUUAACGAAAACCAACCUUCCCGACCAGCUUCUUGUUUCCAAUUUGACAUCUGGGAGAUAUAAGUUUAAGCUGACUGUCACUGACAGCAUUGGUCAGACCGAUUCAACCGUCCUCACUGUCCUGGUCCUCACCCCACAGGAGUCGGAGCAUCACUGCAUGGCUCCAAAGAAAGUCGGGCCGUGUCGUGGAUCUUUUCCUCGCUGGCACUACAACGCUGCCUCCCAAAAAUGUGAGCAGUUCAUAUUUGGAGGCUGCAGGGAGAACCGGAACAAUUACCUCUUGGAAGAAGAGUGCAAAUUUGCCUGCUCUGGCUCACACAGCACAGGACCAGGUAGUCGUGGAGUUUUUCCAACAAAACCAGUCUCCAACUCAGAAAAGUGUGGAAGUCCUUGCAGUCCGGGACAGUUCACCUGUGCCAACAGUUGCUGUCUGGAAGAAGGAUACGAAUGUGACGGUAUCAAUCAAUGUUCAGAUGGCUCAGAUGAAGUAAAGUGUGAAAAAUUGACAAGGGGAUUUAGUAGGCUUUUGGAUAUUCAGAUAAAUGAAAAGAAAGCUCGUUGCACCGCUGUUGUCGAGACAGGAACGUGCAGAGACACUCAAACAAUGUGGUACUAUGACCCCUACAAGCAGAAGUGCUUCCGCUUCAACUAUGGUGGUUGUGAAGGAAAUGAAAACCGGUUUGACUCCCAGGACAAAUGCAAGACAACUUGCACGGGAAUAACAGAGAAAGAUGUCGUCUUCAGUCCAGACAUGUUUGAGAGAAGUACAGGUGGUUCCAACAAUGGAACAAUCAUAGCUAUUAUCUUGGGUGUUGCCAUUGCCGUCAUGCUUGUUGUUCUUGGAUGUUGCUGCUACAAGUAUAGAAAUAAGAAAGGAAAGAAAGGAAAUGAUCAGCUCGAUGCACCUAACCCCUGGGGUGGUGAAACUUCUCGACACAUCUACAAGGACUAGCUGACAAAGCCUGCUUGAGCCCCUGGACCUUGUUUUUGACCUUCGUUCUCUUAAGGACUGACUCAAAAGAUGGAUCACAAAAAGAACAAGCUCAGGUUGAUGAGAGAUGCAUUUCCUUGUUUUUUUUAGUGUGAAAUGUAUUUUAGGGUGAAAUACACAGCACAGAAGCCAGAAAGUCUUCACUGAGAAAUGUGAUGUUUUUGCUUUUAUUCUUCUGCUUAUUUGAUUUACUCAAACUAUUAAAACAGAGGUUUGUCACUGGACCUUGUAUUUUGCAGGCAUUUCCCAUUUAGUUUCUUUUAAAAUUAUCAACAGUUUUUAAAUAAUUUUUUUAGAACAAUAGCUUGAAAUCUAGAAUUUGUUUUUAUUUUAAUUUUUUUUUUUUUAAUGUUACUUCAAAAUGAGAUUUCUGCCAAGUCAGUUGUCUUUUCAGUCAAAUCUAUUUUGGGAAGGCUAGUAGAUGUCCUAAAUAAUACUGAUCUUUUGGAGACAGUUUCUGCUUUUUUUUUUUUUUUUAUCUGCUUCAACAGACUGUUGUUACAAAACUAAAUAAAAGCAACUCAUAAUGUUAUACAUAUUCAUAGAACUUUAUAGUCAAAUCAUUUUCUUGGUUGAUAUUUAGCCAUAAAAAUGCAUUCAAUGUUUCACUCUUUGAAUACGUUUAUCAUUUUAAGUCACUUACGCAUCACUGUGUUUUUCCUGUGUUUUAGCUGUAUUCUGGUAUUGAAACUGAAUAAAAAUGGACAAGACUUUCUAAUAGCCA